GAUACGGGGCCACAGAAACGUGCGGAGGUGUGACCGGCAUGUAUGCGGACGAUCUGACCUACGGUAGUAUUGGCAUUCCUCUGGAGGGGGCGAAUAUGAAAUUGGUUGAUUGGGCGGAUGGGGGCUAUUUGACCAAGGACAAACCUAAUCCAAGGGGAGAGCUAAUGAUUGGCGGCGAUCUUGUGGGAGACGGCUAUUAUAAGGCGCCCGAACUGACCGCCGAAGCGUUUGUCACUGAUAGCGAUGGUCUUCGAUGGUUCUAUACAGGAGAUAUCGCUGAAGUUUAUCCCGACGGACACUUCCGCAUCAUUGAUAGGAAAAAGGAUUUAACAAAAGUAUCAAAUGGAGAGUACAUCUCAUUAGGAAAAAUAGAGGCUUCGCUGAAAUCAAGCAAAUUAGUUGAGAAUAUAUGUGUUGUGGCCAAUAGUGAAGCCAAUUAUGUGAUCGCUUUAGUGACGCCAAAUAAUAAGGCUCUGUUGAGUUUAGGCCAAGAACUGGGACUACCGGCCAGUUAUGGUAGGGAACAGUUGUGCGCCGAGCCUUCAGUAUGUGAUAGAGUGUUGGAAAGUAUCCGAGAAAGCGCUCAAUUGAAUGAUUUGAAGCGA